AUGUCAUCACACCUGCGUACUAUAAUCGUUGAUUAUUUGUAUUACCACGGGGUGUACUGCGAAAGCCUCGGCCGCAAUAACGCGGAAAGAUUGGUAGCAUUUAUGAGCCUGAAAGAGUGGCCGGAAUUCCCUAUAGACCAAGAGCACGAGGAGGCUAUUACGAAAAGAGAAGCUAGCCAAGGACUCGCUAUUCGAAAACCAGCUCAAUCGGGACCAACUGCUUCUAAAGCAGCUCAACCAGGAAAACCAGCUCGAUUAGCUGCUUCGAAACCAGCUCAAUUAGCCGCUCCGAAUGAUAGUGAUCACGUGCUCGUGUGA